CUCUUUCAGCUCUACUGGCUGGAGAAAAAAAACCCCCCAAAAAUCCAAAAACAAUAAACCUCUCCCUGACCUAGAGGCUAUGGGCAUUAAUCUGUGAAUUAUCAAGCUAGAGUGUUUGUACUGGAGGUUCUAGGUACAAAGUGCAGAAAACUGUUGACACAGAUUUGUGCCUGCUGCCAGUCUGGGGCGCUGACUGUAAGGCCAGAGGUUCUCCUCUGUCAUACAUAAACACAAAGCUGUCACACUACCCUUCCAACUGUGUCUGAAGGAAAAUGGAGAAUUUUAUGAAAUGUGGGGGGUAGAAGGGGCAGGACCAAGUCCCCGUCCUUCUCCCGUAGUGGAUGUUAGUAGGGAACAAAAUGUGUUGCCUGGAGACUGGUGAAAGCUUUUCUGCACAUUUUUCUGAAAGGAACUGUGACAAGAGCCCUGCAGAGGAACACAGCUGGAGUUUAAGUUGAAUUUUGGACACUCUCAGAGUCUUUUUUUUUUUUUCUGCCAUCCAUCUAUUUGGUGUUUGUUUGGGUGUCCCCGCCCUAGUGGCGUUGAAGGGGGGAAGGUGGAGUGGAGUAUGACUAGUUGCCAGUAUCCUACGCCGCCCCCAGAGAGGGACCGGAUGUACCAGCACAAAGUUUCUCUGGUGGUGCGCUACUUUAUGAUCCCCUGCAACAUCUGUCUCAUCUUGCUGGCAACCUCCACAUUGGGCUUUGCUGUGCUCCUCUUCCUCAACAACUACAAACCUGUUCACUUCACGCCGACCCAGCCUCCUGAUGGUUGUCGGGCGAAGCUUUGUGGUUUCGGGGCAGUGUGUGAAAGAGACCAGACGGACCCCUCGGUGGGACAUUGUGUGUGUAAGAAGAUAGUGUGCCCGUUAGUCGUGGCCCCCGUUUGUGGCUCUGACUCCUCCACCUACUCCAAUGAAUGUGAGCUGGAGAAAACUCAGUGUAGCUUGCAGAGACGCAUCAAAGUUCUCCGCAAGGGCCCCUGUUCUCUGAAGGACCCUUGCAGCGAUGUGACAUGCAGCUACGGGAGCACCUGCAUCCAGUCUUCGGACGGCCUAUCAGCCAAGUGCAUGUGUCCACUGAGUUGUGAUCGCGUGCCCAAGCAGGUAGUGUGUGGCAGCGAUGGGCUAGACUAUGCCAGCGAAUGUGAACUCAACAUGAAAGCCUGCUCCACCCGGAGAAACAUCCGCCUACAGCAUCAGGGGCCUUGUGAUCCGUGCAAAGACAGUCAGAACAGCCUGAACGUGGCCUGCCGCGUGCAGCCAUUCACAAUGCAGCCGCAGACCUUCGCCCCACCGGAGUCGUGCCCGCCCGACAGCGAGCCGCUGUGUGCCAGCGAUGGGAAAACGUACAGGAGCGAGUGCCAGAUGAGACGGACGGGCAUGCUCAAGGGUCUGGACCUGCACAAGAUCCACACGGGUCCCUGCAAUCAGCAUGAACAAUGUAAAGAAGAAUGUAAGCUGAACGCAGUGUGUCUGGUGGUAAAGGAUCUGGGGGUCCGAUGUUCGUGUGAACCCAUCCAGUGCGACGGCGCUUACAAACCCGUGUGUGGGAAGGACGACAUCACCUACAACAAUGACUGUGAGCGUAAACGUGCCGAGUGCCAGGCCAAAGUGCCCAUCCCCAUCAAGCAUCAGGGCCCCUGUGAUCUACAUGCGCCCAGCCCAUGUUUGCAGAAGAACUGUGAGUUUGGUGCUGUUUGCGUGGUGAAGAACGGAGAGCCCGUGUGCGAGUGCCCGGAUGCCUGCUUACAGGUCAGCGAUCCGGUGUGUGGCAGUGACGGCCACACCUACAACAGCCAAUGCCAGAUGAAGGCCAUGGGCUGUGCCCUUCAGAGAGAAAUCCAAAUCCAACACAGAGGCCCUUGUGACGAGCCCUGUGCCAACUGCUCGUUUGGCGCUAUCUGUGACGCGCAGACAGGGCGGUGCGUGUGUCCCACGGAGUGCGUGGACACCCAGCAGCGGGUGUGCGGCAGUGACGGCACCACGUACGAAAAUGAGUGCGAGCUGAAUGUUCGUGCCUGCACCCAGCAAUUAGACCUGAAAGUGUUGUCCCAGGGAGAAUGCAAGACCUGUGGAAACACUGUCUGUGGUUGGGGUGCCCGCUGUGUUCAGAAUAAGUGUGAGUGUCAGCAAUGCCAGGAUCAAGCUUUUAAACCCGUGUGUGGUAACGACGGUGUCACCUAUGACAACGAAUGCGAGCUCCGCUUCUCCUCCUGCAAGCUCAAGAAGAAGAUUGAGGUUGCUCAGCUGGGAAUGUGUGAUGAAGAGUGUGGCUCUGGAGGCUCGGGUUCAGGAACAGAGGCUUGUGAACAGGAGCGGUGUCGCAAAUUUGGAGGAUCUUGGGACGACGACACGGAGGAUGACCGCUGUGUGUGUGAUUUCACCUGCCAGAGUGUCCCACGGAGCCCGGUCUGUGGCUCAGAUGGAAACACGUACAGUAGCGAAUGUGAACUGAAGAAGGCCAGAUGUGAGAAACAAGUGGACCUACAGUACCAGAGCCAGGGCCCAUGUCCAGCUGUCUCCGUCACGCCUUCACCUGAGACGGGCACACCUCAGCACUGCAGCCAGACCAUCUACGGCUGUUGCCAUGACAACAAGACCGCCGCCUUGGGUGUUGGACUGGCGGGAUGUCCAAGCACGUGUCAGUGUAACCACUAUGGUUCUUACGGAGGUACCUGUGACCCCACCACUGGUCAGUGUUCCUGUAAGCCCGGGGUCGGGGGACUGAAGUGUGACCGUUGUGAACCAGGCUUCUGGAAUUUCCGUGGCAUCGUCACCGAGAACAUGAGCGGCUGCACGCCAUGCAACUGUGAUCCGGUGGGCUCUGUGCGGGAUGACUGUGAGCAGAUGUCUGGUCUUUGCUCUUGUAAGACAGGAGUGAAGGGCUUGAAGUGCGACGUGUGCCCUGACGGCAGCAAGAUGGCAAUGAGCGGCUGUGACAAAGGUCCUGAAGCGCCAACCUCAUGUGAUGAAUUGGAGUGCAAGUUUGGAGCGACAUGUGUGGAGUUCAAUGGACAGGCCCACUGCGAGUGUCCGUUACCUGACUGUGAUGAGAAGAACAAGACUAAGGUGUGUGGUUCUGAUGGGGUGACCUAUGCAGACCAGUGCCAGCUGAGGACCAUCGCCUGUCGCCAGGACAAAGACAUUACAGUAGAACAUCCAGGCCAGUGCAGCUCCGAAACCAUCCCUGAGGCGGAAGCCAGACCUACCCCCUUCCUCCCAACCACCCCUCGCGUCACCCCACCCACCGCACACGUCAAGGUCACUCCGCCACGUCAUGGCCACACCACCACUCCACGCUUUCCUGACGACAUCGACAAUAUCAGCGAGCUACGCCCUCCCUACGUGGAGGCGGUGCCACCACCCAGAGAGAUGGAGACGCCCAAGGCCACAAAGCCCACUCACCACCCCGCCACCCUCCACAAGCCACCUCGCACCUCAUCCCUGCCCAUGGGCGUCACCUCACCUCCCAGCCCCGCCUUUGAGGAGUCGGGCAGUGGGGAUGGGGACUCCAGUGGGGACGAGGAGGAUGGUAGCACCCAGAUGGAGACAAGCGGAGACGAGCCAGUUGGUCCUACUGUGACAGCAACCACACUCCCAACUGCGGAGGAGCGCUCCUCCUGUGAUAACACUCCCUAUGGCUGCUGCCCUGAUAGCAAGACCGCUGCCCUCAACCCUGAGGGUACCAACUGCCCGCCUACCAUGAAGUUCGUUGGCCGAUUAUACCUGGACCAAGUUGAGGGUCAAGAAGUCUUUUACACACCUGAGAUGGAUGACCCCAAGUCUGAGCUGUUUGGUGAGACAGCCAGGAGCAUUGAGAGUGCGCUGAACGAGCUCUUCCGGAAAUCCGAUGUACAGAAAGACUUCAAGAGCGUGCGGGUGAGGAACCUCGGCUCCAGUAACUCCAUAAUGGCCACUGUUGAGGCCCACUUUGACCCAGACACCAAGUUCAGCGUUGCGGAUAUUGAGGAAGCGCUGCUGAAACAGCUUAAGACGGCCAGAGACACUGGCAUCGUGGUAAAGAAACCAGAGAGGGAUAAUGUCCAUUUCACUACCUAUGGUCACUCCACGCUACCCUACUUUACCACUCCCACCAUUACUGUGGCCACUGUCACUACCCCCACAACUACAACCACGCAGGCACCCUCUGUAGCGUUCACCACACGCCGUCCUACCACCACCAAACGGCCUUACUCCGGCCGCAGGACCACCCCUCCGGCCCCCACCACCACCAUGGCCCUCAGAACACAGCCUGUUCUCCACCACACCAAACCGCAAAAACCGUGUGACUCUCAGCCCUGUCGCCACGGCGGCACCUGUGAGGACGACGGCACUGACUUCACCUGUAUCUGCCCUGCGGGGAGAGGAGGGGCUGUGUGCGAGAAAGUGAUUAAGUAUUAUAUCCCUGCCUUUGGCGGCAAGUCUUACCUAGCCUUCCCCACUAUGAAGGCUUACCACACAGUGCGCAUUGCGAUGGAGUUCAGAGCUUCUGAGAUGACGGGAAUACUGCUCUAUAAUGGACAGAUCGGCAAGAAGGACUUCCUGUCUUUAGGACUAGUGGACGGGAAGGUGGAGCUCAGGUUUAACACAGGCUCUGGCACAUGCUCCGUGGUCAGUAAGGUCCAGAUCAAGCCAGGUCGCUGGCACCAGCUGGUGGUGAACCGUAACCGUAGAGACGCCAUGCUAAGCGUCGACAACGAGGUGCACAUCCAAGGCCGUAGCCCACCGGGCACAGAUGGUCUGAACCUGGACACAGAGCUCUUCAUCGGCGGAGUACCAGAGGACCUGAUACAAGACGUGAAAGAAAGGACAUCGCUCUCAACGGGUUUGGUGGGCUGCGUUCGCAUGCUCGACGUGAAUAACGUGAUGUACAGUCUGCAGGAGAAAGAUGGCAACGUCCUGUAUGGUAUGGGCGUAGGUGAAUGUGGCAACAACCCCUGUCUGCCCAACCCCUGCAAGAAUGGAGCCACCUGCCAGGUCAAAGAGGCCGAGACCUUCCACUGCAAGUGUGCAGACGGCUUCUCUGGUCCAACCUGUGCUGAUGCCCAUAAUCCAUGUGACCCAAAUAAAUGCCACCCCUCUUCUCAGUGCCAAGUUCUGCCAGAAGGAGGCUACAAAUGUGAAUGUCCCAUGGGCAGAGAGGGCAAACACUGUGACAAAGUCUCAGAGAAAAAGGGAGCCUACAUUCCAUUCUUCAGUGGGGACUCGUAUCUGGAGCUGAAGGGCUUGCAUCUCUAUGGCCAUGACCUUCGGCAAAAGGUUAGCAUGACCGUAGUGCUCCUGGCUAAUGACUCCAAUGGCAUGAUUUUCUACAACGGUCAGAAGACAGACGGAAAAGGAGAUUUCAUCUCUUUGGCACUGAACGAUGGAAUACUGGAAUUCAGAUAUGACCUGGGCAAAGGUCCUGCAGUCAUCAGGAGCAAGGAGAAAAUCAAACUGAAUGUGUGGAACGAAGUAAAUCUGGAGCGGGCAAACCGUAAGGGAGAAAUCAACGUCAACGGCAAGGACUCGGUCCGGGGAGAAUCACCGAACCAGCAUACUGAUCUCAAUCUAAAGGAAUCGCUCUUUGUGGGAGGAGCCCCAGAUUUCCGCAAGUUGGCCCGAGCUGCAUCCCUCAAAGACGGCUUCAAAGGGGCCAUUCAGAAAAUCACUUUGCUUGGCACAUCAAUCUUGAAGGCGGAAAAUGCUCUCCACUCUAGCGACGUGUCCAUGUAUCCAUAUCACCCUUGCUCCGCGGACGUUUGUCACAAUGGAGGACGUUGCAAUCCUGUGCUGGACAGCUAUGAGUGUGUAUGUCUACAUGGAUUUACAGGACCACAGUGCAAAAACCCGAUCUUUGAGAAGGCUGCCGGCCAGACCGAGGCCAUUGCUUUUGAUGGCAGAACAUUCAUCGAAUAUCACAAUGGAGUCACCAAGAGUGAGAAGGCCCUGCUGGUGAAUAAGUUUGAGCUGAGCAUUAAGACAGAGGCUACUCAUGGCCUAAUCCUGUGGAGCGGGAAGGGAGUGGAGCGCUCCGACUAUAUCGCCCUGGCUAUCGUGGACGGCCGUGUCCAAAUGACCUAUGACCUUGGUUCUAAGCCUGUUGUCCUGCGUUCAUCAGUGCGGGUCAAUACCAACCGCUGGAUACGCAUUAAGGCCAGCAGGGCCUUGAGAGAUGGCUCCCUGCAGGUGGGUAAUGAGGCUCCAGUUACCGGCUCAUCUCCCCUGGCAGCCACACAGCUGGACACAGAUGGUGCCCUCUGGUUGGGUGGCCUUGAGGAGCUGUCUGUAGCACGCCGACUGCCCAAAGCCUAUAGCACGGGCUUUGUGGGUUGUGUGAAGGAUGUGAUAGUGGAUGGGGUGGAACUGCAUCUGGUUGAAGAUGCCUUAAACAGUCCCAGAAUACUACACUGUUCUGCCAAAUAGCUUGGCACCACUUCCCUCCCAAUGCCAUGUCUACUGCUGUAAUUAUUUUCUAUUUUUGUAUAC